CUCAUUUUCAGAAUUAUUAAAAAUAAAAAUGAAGGACGUUGAGAAACUGUCCUGGAUUCGACGUGACUUGGGGCAAAAAUGAAAAUCCCCACCAUGUAUUUCGCAGCGUACCAGGGGGAUUUUAAUGUGAUUGGGGAACACAAGUAUCUGGGUGCGUUUCUCAUGGACGACGGGGAAGAAGAAGGCCGAGUGAUGGCGUAUCAGAGUCUAGAAAAUGCGUUGUUUAGAGAAAGCAGUGAUUCCGGCGGUGAUUUCUACUCCGAGGAGUUUGCAUUUGCUGCGGUGGCGGCGGUAGCAGCAGUAGUGGCAAUUGGAACGACGAGGAGGUGGUGGAGGAAGAUGGCUAGAUUGGGUGUUUGGAAGAUCAUAGAAAAUUGAUUUUUAUUUGUCUAAUAGUUAUGAAAAUCAGGUGGCCAUUUGGCAAUUGGUGUAGAUUAGAUAAAGAGGAUAGAAUUUGUUGAUUUGACUAAUUCUACUCUUUCUAAAUAAGAUCUUUUUAAAAGAACAGAUGAUUUUAUUUAUAGAUAAGAGAUUCAGAACUACAAACGAACACUUAGUCAAGCCAAAGCAAAUUGGCUCUAUGAAACGAAAUUAAACACUCAACAAACUUCCCAAUCCUUAAUUCACCCAGUUCAAACACUGUGAAUUAAGGAGCUAAAACACACACUCAAGCAAGGACCCACGAUAGAAAGAAAAUACACCCAAGACUCUUUCUGUCGACUGCCAAAUUCUACAGCUAGGUCAGAUUACCUAAUUUAUAGAGUGGAGAAGAUAACCGUUUCUCGGCAGAUGACCGUUUCCUAAGUAUGAUGAUUAAGAUAGUAAUCAUCAUAGCUUCUUUGUAGAGGCGAUGACUAUCUUGAACCAGAUCGAGGAAAGCAGCCUUCGAGAAAAGUUGUCUCCAUAAGAUUGGAGAUGGAGAGCUGGAGAAUACUGCUCGAGAAGGCUGUAAAGACGAUUCCUUAAGAUUGAAGGACGAUUCCUUGCAACGACAUCGUAGAGACUGGAGGCUCUAAAGACGACGUCGUUAAGUGGUAGCGUGAGAAGAAGUGAAAACGACACCGUUAUUGUGUAUGGCUGUGUGGUUUCUGAGACGGCCUCAUUUAUGAGCAGUGAUGUUUGUAGCUGCACAUUCAACAAUUGGCAUGUCUGUCUUUUCUUUGAUCAGAAGUUCAGAGCCGACCGCCUUGUUGUUUGUUUCCGUUUAAAAGCUCCUGCUUGCAAAGGUUUCUUGUUUUCAAGGAGCAGAAAGCUAUUCGUAAAAAUAUUACGGGCUUUCCGAAUCAUACACUCAUUAAUCGAAGCCCAAUCUCGAAUUAUCCAGUGCCCAUACUCUACAUCCACCUUCGAGAAAGCCCAAUAAGCCCAAAGGUAAGAA